GGCUCUCUCUCUCUUUCUCUCUCGUGGUCAGCCAGACCUCUCGUACCGCGGCCAGCUUUGGCUCCUGAACUAAUCGCUGCCUUCCGCCAAAAGGGGAACGUAGGAAAACAGCCGCUGGGCAAGCCGCAGCGGAUCGAGCACGCGGUGGAACUCUCAGUCCCUCUGCAGCCCACCACCGCCACCACCACUGCCUCCACCGCCACCACUGCCACCACCGCAGCCUCCACCGCCACCACCGCCGCCUCCACCACCACCAUCACUGCCUCCACCGCCUCCACCUCUGCUUCCACCGCCACCACCACCGCCUCCACCGCCACCACCGCAGCCUCCACCGCCACCACCGCCGCCUCCACCGCCACCACCGCUGCCACCACCGCCACCACCGCCACCUCCACCGCCACCACAGCCGCCUCCACCGCCACCACCGCCGCCGUUGAUCAAUCGGCUACCCACACCCGCCGGCCGUCAUGUCCUCGUCGAACGCCCUUCCUGCCCCCCCCCGCCUCGCAUGGGGGCCCUCGACGUUGCCGAUCGCCGGCGCCGCCGCCCUCCUCCUGCUGGUGGCCGUCGCGUCCCGGUGGGCCCGCGGAGCCGACCGCCACCGGGGCCUCCUCCCGCCCGGGCCCCGCGCGUGGCCACUCGUCGGGAACCUCCUCCGGAUUAACCACAGAGCGCCCUACGACGACUUUGUGAAGCUGUCCCGGGAGUACGGGCCGGUGUUCACCGUCUACCUGGGCCGGUCGCCGUUCGUGAUCCUGGUUGGCUACAAAGCCGUGCGGGAUGCCCUGGUGCACCAGGCCAUCGACUUCUCGUUCCGCCCGUACGUGCCGGUCUUCGACUGCUUGGAAAUGUAUGAUGGCAUCACGAUGGCGCACGGCAACAACUUCAUUUUGAAAAAACGCUUCAGCCUUAGCGUGCUCAAGAGCUUUGGAUUUGGCAAGCAGAGGUUCCAUGAUAAGAUUUUCACCGAGGCCGGCUUCCUCGUCAAGCACGUGGCUGACACAAAAGGGCAAGCCUUCAAUGUCAGCAACCUGCUGGUGUUCGCCGUCUCCAACGUCAUCUGCUCCGUCGUGUUCGGGGAGCGCUUCGAGGACGGUGAUCCGCAACUGCUGAAGCUCGUGCAUUGCCUCGACGACGUGGCGAGGCUCGUUGGAAGCCCAUGGAUACAGCUGUACAACGCCUUCCCAUCGGUGAUGAAGCACCUGCCAGGCACACACAACCUGCUCUUCGAGAAGAAGAGGAUGCUCAUAGAGCACAUCCAGAUGAUCAUCGACAACCACAAGACGGCGUGGGUCGCCCAACAGCCGCGCGACUACAUCGACGCGUUCAUGGACAAACAGCAGCAGGAGUCUGCCAACCCGGACAGCCCCUUCCACGCCAAGUCGCUCGUCGCCUGCACGCUCAGCUUGUUCAUGGCCGGCACGGAGACGCUGUACGUGUCCCUCCGCUGGGCCCUGCUCCUCAUGAUGCACCACCCCGAUACGCAGCGGCGCGUCCAGGAGGAGAUCGACACCAUCGUGGGCCGCCACCGGAUGCCUGUCUACGCCGACCACACUUCGCUGCCCUUCACCAACGCCGUGGUGCACGAGGUGCAGCGCUACGCCAACAUGCUGCCCUACAGCUUCCCGCAUGCCACGCCGAGUGACGUCACCUUCCGCGGGUACCUCAUCCCCAAGGGAAUGCAGGUUAUCCCCGUGUUGGGCAGUGUGCUCAAGGACCCCUCCAUGUGGGAGACGCCCGACGACUUUAACCCGGGGCACUUCCUCGAUGCCGCCGGGCAGUUCCGGCAGCGCGAGGCCUUCAUGCCCUUCUCUGCAGGUCGCCGCCUGUGCCUCGGGGAGUCUCUGGCCAAGACGGAGCUCUUCAUCUUCUUCUCGUCCCUGAUGCACACCUUCACCUUCGCCCCUCCGCCCGGCUGCCCGGCUCCCGCGCCCGUGAGCCCGGCGACGUUCAUCCACUCGCCGCCCCAGUACCACGUGUGCGCCCUCGGACGCACUCCGAUCGCCUGAGCGUGCGAGGAGUGGGGGAGGCAUGAGGAGUGGGGAGAGCAGGAAGAUGAGUGGAGGACGAGAUGUGGAGGGAAAGGGGAGGAGGGGGGAUGAGGAGGGGGAGGCUCGCAAAGUCUUCGCACUCUCUCUGCUCUCACGCCGACGAGGUCUGUGUACCGUGAGAGCAACUCCCCUCGAAAUCUACGGUGGCUCGGAGAUGUUAACUAUCUCGCCUGGUAUACAGGAGGUCCUGGGUUCCAUCCCGACCCUGUGACGCCUGCUGCAAUAUUUGGAGCUUGCGUGCCUUUUUCUUUCAUCAUCAUCAUGGUGGCUAGAUGUUAGCGAAAGUGAGGGGAAAAAGUAUUUGAUCCCCUGCUGAUUCUGUACGUUGGCCUAGCCAGUCUACAGACCUUAAUCCCACAGAAAAUCUGUGGAGGGAGCUGAAGGUUCGAGUUGCCAAACGUCAGCCUCGAAACCUUAAUGACUUGGAGAAGAUCUGCAAAGAGGAGUGGGACAAAAUCCCGCCUGAGAUGUGUGCAAACCUGGUGGCCAACUACAAGAAACGUCUGACCUCUGUGAUUGCCAACAAGGGUUUUGCCACCAAGUACUAAGUCAUGUUUUGCAGAGGGGUCAAAUACUUAUUUCCCUCAUUAAAAUGCAAAUCAAUUUAUAACAUUUUUGACAUGCGUUUUUCUGGAUUUUGUUGUUGUUAUUCUGUCUCUCACUGUUCAA